AUGAGGGCGUACUUCUUCAUUUUUCUCGCCUUGGCCUCUAGCAUUCCUUCAAUAGGAAUCGCUACGGAAGCAUCUACAUCUAAUACAGCCGAAUGUUCUAUUAAGGAAGGCUCACGACAAGUUGUUGAAAUCACGGAAUUUAGUUUCGGCCAAUUGGACACUCAUCCAGGAGAUAUCCCCCCACGCCCUAGCAUGGCGACCGUCUCCUUUUUUGUGGCAAACCCUGUGGGAUGGCGGCAAGCGUGCAGCGGCUUCAUAGUACAGCAGCAGGACGGCGAGUGGCAGGAUAAGGAUGGGACUACUUGGUUUAAAUGUGGGUCGGAGAACACUCCAGACCCGACGUGUUGGAACUGUACGCACUUUCAAUCCGGAUGGGGACACGGGAGCCCGGGAUGGCAUUUCGCUAUCAACCAGACUUGGCCUUGCACGAGCCCCGGGGGUACAUGCGAAAUUUCCUAUCAGCUCUCUGGAUCGACAACGUUAAAUCCCGACUGCACCACGGACGCGAAUUCGUACACUGGCUGCACUGCGCCGGACUUUUCUCUCCCUCUGGAAGUAUAUGGCCAUGGAACCCCUAAUCCAGGAUGUGAAGAGUAG